AUGGAGUCUCCUGGAGAUGUUUCAUUAGGUUUCCUUUCCUUGCUGCCUGAACCACCAGAUCCCGAUCUGGUCGUGAUGCUUCUGGUCGAUCCUCCUGUCCCUCCAGUUCCCCCCGACCCUCCACCGAUUCUCUUAGAUGCAGGUGUGCUAUCUAUCCAUCUUCUAUUGAUGCAUCCUUUACUGGAUGAUGCCGAUCUCUCCAGCUCUCUCACUACUAGACGGGUCUCCUCCUUCCUCCAACUAAUUCCGGUGUCAAAGCCGAGAAACUUGGUCUCUUGUUGGAAGCAUAUUUUGUUUAAGUCAUUUUUACGGAACUUGUCUUAUUAUCAACAAGCGGCAGUGGUUAUUGAGAUCUCUGUUGCAAGUUUUUUGGGGUUACUGACAGCUGAUGGCAAGCUUCCUUCCUUCAUUACUCAUCGCUUCAAGUUCUCGAGGACUGGACUCCGAAUUGCAACUUUUUGGAGUGCAGCUCUCCACUGCUAUGUGCAGUUCUCAGUCAAAGUCUAUCCUUCAUUUGAAACCUUGGUCACAUGUUGUUGGAGCCAUCUCCCCUUGCUUCAGGCUUUCGCAAGGAGAUCUGUGUUUCGUAGCAAACAAGAGAUUAUGUUGUUUUUGAAUGGUUCUUUACCUCGUAUUGAGGAUGUUAUAACACCUUUGAGCUUUAGGUCUAGCUCCAUUUACCACAGCUUGUCUAUGUGGUCAUGGCAGUUUGCCUCACAGCAAUCAAUCUUAUGGAGGAGGUGUUUGGUCUCCUCUGAGUUUGUAGAUGUAUGCUCCACAGUCGAGUAUGUUAAGAACUUCCCGACUUGUUCGGCUAAUGGAACGUGGAUCAUGAGUGCUACUCAAAACGCCAAAGCUGAAAUGCUGCAGAAAGCUCCUCCCUCAACACUAUCAUCUGGACUCUUAAGUCUCCAGAUUCUAGCGGACUCUAUUGUCCCUUUCUUUGCCCUGCGAUCAGAGUUGGUUUUGGCUGAGAUUACAGGCUUCUUCACUGUUAGAAACCUUGUCCCUCUCGUCAUACCGUUAUCAUGUUUUUAUAAUCUAUGCAUAAUUUUCUGUUUAAUUGUUGUUGCUUUUGUAAUGGGUGAUGUCCCCAAACUUUGUUUUUCGAAUGCUCUGUUUUGA